CCGCCCUCGCGCUGAGCGCCGCACACCGCACUCAACCUCUCCCACUCCUUGAUUCCGCUUGGAUGCUUUUUCGUCAACGUUUGGAUUCUCCUCGCGCACAUCUUUCGUGGACUUUUGAGCGGUGAAAUCUCCCUGACCUCUGCUGACCAAGCGAACUGUGAAUUUUAGUCUCGCAACGUUGAUGACCGCUGCUGACGAUGCAGCAGGACAGGAAAUUCUCCUCCAAAUCCGUUCCCUCCGACCUCUUUCGUGUGAAGAGCUCUCAAGACCCUCAGGUUGUCCGCACGCAAUCCCAUCACAUACAACCACAACAACCGAGGGCUAAUAGCUAUUCCUCGGCCUCCGCCUUCUUUUCCAAAACUUCUCUCUUUCAGCAAUGUCGGCUGAUCGUUCAAAACCUCCAGCGGGUCGAGGGCUUCGAGGAAGCUUUCAAAGCCGCCGACCGUCUGAUUUUGGAUUUUCCUAUGCGGAUCAUUAGAAUCCGUGACCUCGUAGAACAUGAUCCCGUAACACAAGUGUGGAACAUGUGCUGUUUGGGUUUCCCUCUGUGCGCAUUGUUGAAUGCCUUCCAACUAGAAACUCCACUCCAGGUGAACCUUGAUACUACCCUUUCGAAUACAAAUGCUUGCAAAGCCAGUUUGUAUCACUUCCUCCUUACCUGCAAGAAAGACCUUUCACUGGUUGAUGCCGACCUUUUCACUAUCUCCGAGAUUUUUCAAGACAAUACGGCUUCUCUUGCCAAAGCCGCUCACACCGUUUCUUUGAUCCUUGACAUGCUCGACGAAAAAGGACUCUUGCGUAAAUCAGUUUCUCGCGACUCUCCGCUCGAGCAGGCAAGUACACUCUCCUUGCUCAUUCAAAGCAGUCAGCGCGUUUACGCCGAAUUGCUCGAAACCGAAAUGAAGUAUGUACAAGACCUUGAGUUCCUUUCCGAUUAUGUUGCAAUGCUCCAAGCCGAACACAUUCUCUCUCAAGCAACCAUCCAGCAGGUUUUCUCCAACCUCAAUGAACUCCUUGACUUCCAGCGUCGUUUCCUCAUUGGUCUCGAAAUGAACGCCAUCAUGCCCGCUAGUGAACAGCGCCUUGGCGCCCUCCUUCUUCAGAUGGAAGACGGUUUUUCCCCCAAAGUACGAGCUUCCCGCCCCCUUCUCAUUAAGCCCAUUCAGCGGAUAUGUAAGUAUCCUCUUCUCGUACGCGAGCUUUUGAAAGGCACUGCCCCCGGUUACAGAUAUGAAGAAGAGUUGCGCCAGGGUUUAGAGUGUAUCGUUCGUGUAGCGAACAAGGUCAAUGAGAACCGCCGGCGACACGAAAACAAUGCUGCACUCGUUGAACUCGAGAAUCGGAUUAUUGAUUGGAAGGGCUAUUCUUUGAAACACUUUGGCUCACUCCUCGUUUGGGAAAUCGUUCCUGUCGCUAAGGGAGACAUGGAACGUGAAUAUUAUGUUUAUCUCUUUGAAACUAUCUUACUUUGUUGCAAAGAAAUUUCCCCGUUAAAAAAGCAAGCUCGUAAUAUGAGCAUCAACCGCAAACUUAAGCGACAAGACUCGUUACAACUUAAGGGUCGUAUUUUCAUUUCUAACAUUACUAUGAUUGCUCCGAAUUCAGCGUAUGGCCAGCAUGCCCUCCACAUCUUUUGGAAUGGUGACUCUCAUCAAGAGUCUUUUGUCUUAAAAUUACGAAAUGCUGAGAGCUUUAAACAAUGGUACUUUGUCUUAAAGCGUCUUCUUUCGAAGAAAUCUUCCAGUAGUGGUAAUCGGCAAUCUAGCGGUUCUACCUCAACCGUUCCCUCUUCUUUGGGUACUUUCCGUGUGUCUCGCGACGAAGACGCAAACUCACAGAGCACUUUUACCUCUAGGGAAAAUGAGCAAGACUGUGGUUCACCGUCCUCGCUUGUCCCCUCCUCCAGUACACAGGAUGGCGACGAUGCAAACUCCUCACAGUACACUUUGCUGUCAUCUCAGCAUAAUCCAUAUAGCGUUAAGGAUGCAUCCGUAUCGCUUAUGUCUAGUAUUGGCUCCUACAACAACCGUAACUCCCCUUCCUUUCUGCCGUCAAUGGGCCCCUUGUCCGAUGAUGGAGCAAGGUCCGUUUCGCAGCUUCAUAAAACUCCUAGCUCCUCCGAACAUUCUUUCAUUAAUAAUGUGUUCUCAAACACCGCUACCGAUGCCUCCGCUACUAACCACGCUGCUCCCUCUCAAUCUUUCUUUACAGGCAGCCAACCAGACCUUUCAGUGGCCGACUACGCUUACCAGAGAUCAGGACGUCUGCCUUCUAACAGUCAUCUUUCGGCGGAUAAUCGUUCUGUUUCUACUACCACGGCUACUGGUAGCUCGUCGCCUAAACGUCAUUCUCGACAACGCUCCUUCUCCAAUCCGGCCUUGAGUGUUUCACGGCCGUUGCGUGAGUCUCUGCAGUCUGGCGACCUUGAAUCUAUUUGUUCCGGCGAUUCGGCUACAGGAAAAGGUACAAACACUGUCAAGGUUCGCAUUAAGUACGAGGAAUCCUGUCUCGUAUUGCUCGUACCCGCUCAAAUUGGUUAUCAGGAGCUGAAUGAAAAGAUUUCACACAAGCUUCUAGUCUGCGGUCUGCUUAAUAUGCCCGAAGAUACACCUAUUAGGUUGCGCAUGAAAUAUGUCGAUGAGGACGGAGACUUGAUUACAAUCACUUCAGACGAGGAUGUGUUCAUGGCCUUUGAGUAUUGCGUGUUUGAAAUGUUCAACCGUGAUGGCAAGGAUGGUAUCUACUGCAUAGAUCUGUUCACAAGCUUAGCCCCAUAA